AUGAGUACCCUCAAGAACGAGGUGCUCAAGGAGCUUGCAUCCAAGGACCAACUCCAGCUCCUGGAUUCCAUCGACCGUCUUCGCCGACAGGGCAUCAACAAAUUCGUCUCCCUCCCCCAAAUCAUAGUGUGCGGAGACCAGUCGUCCGGCAAAAGUUCUGUCCUUGAAGCCAUAUCCGGGGUCGCUUUUCCCGUCAAGAGCAAUCUGUGCACUCGAUUCCCUACAGAGUUGGUCUUGCGCCGCACUCCCCAUCAACGCGCCAGGAUCACCAUCGUACCGCACGAGUCCAACCCUGAAACCCAGCGCGCCGCCCUCCAAAACUUCCGCGAGAAGCUCAAUGGCUUCGAUGGCCUACCAGACAUCAUUGAGAAGGCCAAGGGCGUCAUGGGCAUCACGCCUCAUGGCAAGUCGUUUUCCAGGGACAUAUUGCGCGUUGAGGUCACGGGUCCUGACCGUCCUCAUCUGACCGUGGUCGAUCUUCCCGGCUUGAUUCAUACGGAGACCAAGUAUCAGUCCAGCACCGAUGUCGCUAUGAUCCAGGAAAUUGUUCAACAUUACAUGAGGCAAUCUCGAAGUGUUAUUCUCUCCGUUAUCUCGGCCAAAAACGACUUCGCCAACCAGAUCGUUCUGAGGAUGGUGAGGGAGGCGGAUCCUGAAGGACAGCGGACCUUGGGCAUAAUCACGAAGCCGGAUAUGCUGGUCCCGGGGUCAGAGAACGAGCUACAGUACGUGGACUUAGCCAGGAAUCAGGAGAUUGUUCUACGUUUGGGAUGGCAUGUUCUCAGAAACAGAGAUUCGGAAAGAGAAGAGGGCGACCAAGAGAGCCGCGAUGCGAAAGAGACGGAAUUCUUUGACCAGGGCGUCUGGCUUGACCUACCACGCUCGUCGGUUGGUGUCAAGACACUGCGCACGAGGCUCAUUAAACUUCUUCUGAGGCAGAUUGCUACUGAACUUCCCAGCUUGAUGACGGAGUUGGCUCACAAAUAUUUCUCCUGCAGCGAACAACUUGAGGCAUUGGGAGAGCCUCGCGUCACAGAGCACGAUCAGCGACUCUACCUCUUCCAAGUUGGCCAGGAGUUCUCAACUCUGGUCAAGUCUUCUGUGGACGCCACCUACAAUCAUGCCUUUUUCGAGGAUGCCAAAACGGACAAAGUCUAUCGGCAGCGGAUUCGAGCAAUUGUUCAAAAUAAGAAUGAGGACUUUGCUACGACUAUCACAAAGCGUGGCCACUACCGCGAGAUUUGCACCAAUCAACCUGAUGGGAUGUUGGAGCCGACGCCUGGCUCUCCAAUUCCCAUCAACGAGAAGGAUUUUCUCGAACAUAUUGAGAAACUCAUGCGUCGCACGCGUGGUAGAGAGCUCCCUGAUACCCUCAGUCCUAUGAUCGUCGCCGAUCUUUUCCUUGAGCAGUCUCGUCCCUGGGAGGCGAUAGCCCGUAGCCAUGUUGAGGACGCCUGGAAGGUCGCACAGGACUUCCUCGAUCUUGUGAUCGAGUACCUCGCGGAUGAGCCAGCAUACAGGGCUCUCAAGCAGGAGAUCUUCGACCCAGCCAUGAAAGGUAUACUGAACGAAAUGAACGCCAAGAUUAAAGAACUUCUCAAGCCCCAUCAAAGCGGCCAUCCCAUUACAUACAACCAGGAUUUUGUCACCGCACUGCGUACUGCGCGAAAGGACAGAAUGGUCCAAGACCCUUCGAAGAUUAUCGCAGAAUUCUUCGAAGUUAGCUCGCUCAACCAGUUCGUCACGAUCACUGGAACCUACAAUUUGCAAGCCCUAGCCCAGGCGAUCAGCGAAAGCACUCCGCUUGAAAUGAAACACUUCGCCGCCAAGGAAGCCCUCGACUGCUUGAACGCCUACUACAAGGUAGCUCUGAAGCGCUUCAUCGACGACGUCGCCACCCAAGUAAUUGAGGACAAGCUUGUCGGUGCUCUUCAUACCAUUUUGACAUCUGUCUCCGUCUUCCAAAUGACGCCUGAGAAGGUUGCACAGAUAGCUGGAGAGCCCGAGGACUCUCGGCAAGAACGCGAGACGCUCACGAGGCAACUUGAGGUUCUCCAAAACGGCAUCGAGACUUGCAAGCGGUUUGUGAAUCUGAGAAUUCACGGUGAUUCGGUUUACGUUGCGAAAGAGCGUGAUGGGGACGAAUUUGAUACCGAUGAUGAUGAUGAGUCCAAGGUAUCGAACGCGUUCCCGGAGGAUGAGGCUGAAGGCGACGCUCCGGAAUCGGGGACACCUCUGUUCGAAGACCUGCAAGACGUCAAGGACCAGCUCGAGUUCUACCAUCUGUUCGACAGCCCGGAGACCGACAGAAGACUCGAAGCUGUGAUGCUCCCCUCAACCGCCAACCGAGGCGCCAAACGCCGCUACACAUCCCCCAACGGGCCCAACUACGACGAGUUCGAACCCCGUCGCGUCCCUCUCUUCUCCAUGCCCCUAACCAAAAGCCGCAAAAUCAUUCGCUUCCCUUACACCCCGAUGGUCUCCUCCGCCCAGCACGACAUAGACACCCCGCGACCGACCAAGCGAGUAAAAUGGAACAAGGAACCCGCGCACUGGCGCGCAACAAAAGGCGAAUUUGUCGACGGCACCAUCCUCCACCCUUCUUCCUCCUCCAGCAGUGACGGCGACGCCGACUCCGACUCCGACGGCACCAACGAAACCGACCUCAGCCCAAAAAAAUAA